AUCGGUGAGGCGGCUGAGAAAAAAGGCAACAGAAAAGCAUAAAACCGCUAGAUACGUCGUUGGAAGAAGACGUGCUCUUCAAAAUUAAAAGUCUUGAUAUUGAAAAUUAGUUAAAAUUUUAGGUUGAAAAGUUAACUACAAAAGUUCCUUGUGCAAUAUGUCUACCUUUGAACAAGCCGUCGAAGAUGUGAAGAACUUGAAAGUCACACCGUCCGAUGCCGAUCUGCUGGAGGUUUACGGCCUGUACAAGCAGGCCACGGUCGGUGAUUGCAACACCGACAAACCGGGCUUCCUGGACUUCAAGGGCAAAUCCAAGUGGGAGGCGUGGAACGGCCGUAAGGGAAUGUCCCAGGACGAUGCCAAGCAGGCAUACGUCGAUAAGGUGGCCAAGCUGGUGGAGCAGCAUGGCAUGAAGUAGGAGCGCCGGACGGAUGAUAAACCUUCAAAGAGACGCACACCGAUGCUAUUCGGACGGGAAGGAGUGCUUUACUCAUAUAUGGAAUCUCAUACCCAGGAACUCAGGGUACGGUUCAUAGAAUUAAGAAUGAUACUGAUUUUCUUUUGCUAAAAGUCUGGUGAUAGGGGUUUCGGACUAUUGUUGCUUGAUUAAGAAUCAAAAAGAACAGUGAAUUACUCAUCAAGUUAAGGUAUGUUUUUGAAAUAUUGAUAUCUUUUGUUGGAUUUUUCUUAGCUAUUUAUAAUAAGUUCAAUAGCAAUAAAUUAACCGUACUUGCAGAAAUUUCGAUAAUACAUCAAAAAGCAUUUAAGAUGAAAAA